AGUAGGACGACUCCGUUGAUGAAAAGUUUUAACGCGAGCGUUCGAGUCCGCUGAGCGUGACCUGCUGUCAUCACUGCAUGCUGCAUGUCUGAUAACCGCCCGUCACUCUCAUUUUCCCGAUGCAUGAGCCCCUCUUUGUAGAAAUGCAUACGUCUUGCCGUUUCUUUGCAUGCUGUCCCGUGAAAGUGUCGCAAUGAGGGAGGGCCGGGAUAACCCUCUGGCACUGUCCUCCAAGACACCACGUCGGGGCCAGACGGACCGCGGAUGGGAGCUCGAGAGGCUGCGGGCUGACUGGGAAGCGGAGAAGCAGCGAACGCAGCGGGCCCGUGAACACCUCUCUGUGGAGCUCCGGCACCUGCGGGAAGUAGCAGAAAGGGAACAGCAGAAAGCCACGAGGGAACUGGCAGCCCGGCGAGGGGCUCAAAAGGACGGUCCCUCUCAUGGACACUGGGGUCUGCUGGGUCAGGAGGCGGACGGUAAAGGCGGUGGACGGCGUGCAGAGAAAGAGGUGUUCUGCUUGUGCGGUGGAGAAACUUACAGGAAGCUGGAGCAUUUGCUGCUGACGCUGUACGAGAAGAUAAACGACAAGCAGGCGGUCUAUAAGCUGCAUCACAGGAAGGAGUCUGAGCUAGAAAAGGCUGUUUUCCUCUGCCACUUGCUCGAGGCCCAUGGGAGAGUGUUGCAGCGGAGGCAAAGGGCAGGACACCCCGGCUACGUUUUUAACAGUCUCUCGAGAAAGACCACUCAGGGAGACAGCGGUAACUCCUGCCGGACGAGGCCUCUCCUAACCUACUCCGGGGCCGUGCCACACGGACCCCAGACUGCCUCCCGCUCACCGAAGAAGAAACCCAAACCAGCUCAGAGAGAGCAGCCCUCGGGGAGCAGGGCCGGCGUCUGUGCAGCUGACCCCUGCACCGCCGAUGCAGUUGCGGACACCUGUCAGAGCGGCCCUCUGAGAAUUUGUCCCCGUGACGAGGCUCCCCAUGCUGGCUGGGACGAGCAGCCUCCCUCCUGCGGCGAGUCCUCCGGGUCAGACGAGUCACCGCCCUCCACAUGCAUGGACAGAAACAUGGAGGUGAGCUAUUUCUAG